ACUCUUUUUUCUUUAUCUCUUUAUUAUUCAUUAAAAAUUUUUUUCCUGUGUAUUGUGCUAGUGAAAAUAUUCUUUUCUCAUGAUUUUUUAUGAAAAAUAAUUAAAUUAUCUGAAGGUCUAUUAAGAAAAUUGUUAAAAAGUUUAAAUUUAAUAUAGCAAAAUGAUGCUCUUUAUGCUGUUAUUCAGCCGUCAGGGCAAAUUACGUUUACAAAAGUGGUAUAAUGCUUAUCCCGACAAGGUCAAGAAGAAGAUUACCCGUGAAUUGGUUACAACCAUUUUGGCUCGUAAACCCAAAAUGUGUUCCUUUUUGGAGUGGAAAGAUUGUAAAAUCGUUUAUAAGCGAUAUGCCAGUUUGUAUUUCUGUUGUGCUAUUGAGCAGAACGACAAUGAAUUGUUAACUUUGGAAAUUAUUCAUCGUUAUGUUGAGCUUUUGGAUAAAUAUUUUGGUAGUGUCUGUGAAUUGGAUAUCAUUUUUAAUUUUGAAAAAGCCUAUUUCAUAUUAGAUGAACUGUUGAUUGGUGGCGAGAUACAAGAAACCUCAAAAAAGAAUGUUUUAAAGGCAAUUGCCUCACAGGAUCUACUGCAAGAGGAUGACGUUAUAGAGGGCACUUUAAGAGAUAUUGGACUUAUUUAAAAAAAUCCAAGAAAAACACUUGUAAACAAAGAAUUUUGUAAAAAUGCACUUAUUGCUAUUUUAUUAUUAAAUUAGAAUUGUUACACUAAAUGCAAUUUUGUAGUAGUACUUACAUUUUUUAAAAAUACACGUAACUUAUUAGUUCCAAAAGCCCUUAUUGCAACAUUUUACACUUUUAGUAGUUUUAGUUUUUUUAUAAAUCACAUUGUAAUGUAAACAUGACAUUGUUUAGGGAAUAUAAGUUUUAAAUAUCAAGGAAUUAACAUAUGAUUCUUUUUUCACCACUACAUUUAAGACCCACCAUUUUUUUUUAAAUUAUUGAUGAUUGAGUGUAGAGAGUAGUUGAAAUAUAAUUAUUAAAAUGUGAAAUGCAAAAGAGGGAUAAUACCUAACCUAACCUAUAAUUUACUAGGUAAUUUGUAAUUCCAUUAAAAAAAGAAGUUUCAGAACGAAAUAUUGUGAUGUCAGGCUUAAUCUUUUUAAAGUUUAAAACUGAGAGUGAUUAUGUCCUUGAUAUAAUACAAGGGAACCAUCAUGUGGAGCCAAGUGUAUCGGUCACUGGCCGUCUGCCUCAAUAACCUAUGAUCCUAGAUAUAUGUAUGUAUCUGUUAUAGAUACCAUUGGGUCCUUUUAAAUUCAUAUUCUAAUGUUCAUUAGUUUGUAUGUAUUUCUUUUAAAGGACCGAUAUCGGAUCUUUCUUCACAAAAAUUUUAAUUCUGAUUCAAAUUUAAUUCUUAAAAUCAACAAUUCACUCAAAGAUAUUAUUUUAAGAAUGAUUUUGUAGAUACUUUAAUAAAUUUAUUCUUAGUCUAUUAUAAAAUUCUGGAUAUAUCCUAUGGAAAGAAUUGGUUCUGCUCCAUCGAGUUGGCAUGAUAUAACAGAUCUUUAUCUAACAAGAAAGAGUCGUUUCUUCGUGCCUCAUGAUGCCUUGAUUCGUUUUUGGGUAAAACAAAGGGGUCAGAUAAUAGAUCCAAGUCAACCUUUAGGUCGCUGCCUCAAUAACACAGGCCGACAAAAUUUUAAAAAAGUCGAAACCCUGAGACCAGCAAUACUUUUCUAAAGGAUUGAGCCAUACAGAAUCCGUAUUUUCUCCAUCACAUCUUGGAUUUGAGAUAUAGCGUCCUUUAGUUAAAAAAAACGAAAUUUUUGGCUCUUUUUGAGAAGUUAUAACAGCCCAAAAAAAUUGCCAUUUUUUAAACUUCAAGACACAAUAUCUCGAAUCCCAUAUGUGAUAGAGAAAAUGUGGUCUCUGGGUUAAAAAUUUGUCGGCCUGUGUAAAAUAAACUAAACGUUUAGCUCAGCCAUUUUGUUUCGCCCAUUAUAAACACUAGACUUUUGGGAUAUAAAAAUAAUAUUUCGAUUAUUUUACUCUUAAUGUGUUAAUGUUUAACAGAAUGAAAAUUAUUCUUUUGCAUUUAAAUUUUAAUAAUUAUUUAUUUAAGACUAUAUCUGGAAAAAGUUCCAACAUAUUUUCUUUAAAUUCAUAAAAAAUGUCCAUUACUUCCAAUUCCCCCCUCUCUACUGCAGCUUGAAACUAUUUUUAUUAAAUACUAUAACUAAUUUUUUAAUGUUCCUACAUUUAAUUCCAUCUAACGUGCCAAAACCUAGAAAAAAAUUUUAAAUUUUUAUUUUCGAAAUCAUGCAAAACGACAGAAAUAAAUUCCUUAUAAAAACAAGUUAUUAUAAAGAAAAACUAAAUUUUUUUCCAAAUUUACCCUUAAGCAAUAAUAAACAAAAUACAACAAAAAUAUUAAUUAAAAAAAAACUUUCAGCUAAAUGUUUAAAACAAACUAUAUACAUAGAAAAAUACAAUAUUUAACUAAAAAUUGUUUAUAAAUAUUUUAAUAGUAAUUAAUAGUUUAAUAAAUUUAAUUACAAAAAUUGUAUAUUCUGGUGUUGUUAUUAUAAAUAAAAAACAUUUAUUAAAUAU